AUGAGAAAUGAUAGAGUCCCAGUUGGAUUAGGAAACCUGAUCACAUUAGGAGUCCUUGAUGGUACUAGGAUGCCUGGGAAGACUAGGAGAUGCUGUGGCUUGAAGAUUGCUCAAGUAGCAGAUUUGGCUUACAGGCUUGCCUUACCUCCUAGUAUGUCCGGUGUGCAUAAUGUGUUCCAUGUGUCCAUGCUAAGGAAGUAUGUCCAGGAUGAGUCACAUGCGAUCGAUUAUGGUACGAUUGAAGUGAAUGUGGAUACGACCUUUGUUGUUGAACCUGUUCGUAUCUUGGAUAGGUCAACAAAGCAACUUCGAAGGAAGGAAGUUGACUUGGUCAAGGUAUUGUGGAGUCACCAUGACAUGGGUGAUCCUUCUUGGGAGUUGGAGUUGGAUAUGAGAGCGAAGUACCCACAGUUGUUUGUUGAUGAGUGUGCUUGA